CGUUGGUCGCCUAGCGACCAGCAAUCAAUUAAUCAUAAGGAGCGGCGCGAGCUCCUGGGGCGCACACGGUGCACCCCGCGCCCGGUUCCACCAUCUGGACAUCCGAGCCCGCAGAAGGGAGGAGGAGGGGCGGCGGGGGCAUUGCGGUUAUUGAUUGUAGCUUUGGGGCAUCCGUCGUUCCUGCACGGCCCGCUGUGGCAGAGUGGUUUUCCCUAGACGAUUCCGGGAUAUUGGCGGAUUUUCACCGUGGCUGUGCUUAGGGGGAGAGGGGGGAAAAGAAGGGAUUACACUUUGCCUCCAAAAGAUUCCCCCCCCCCGCCGCCGCCGUUUAGCAAAGGUGGGAAAGAGGCCCUGAGGAAGCAUCAAUUACUUCUGGAGAAGCUGCUUGCUUGUGCCUAACAGAAGAUCAUCGCUAUAGCUGAAAUAUAAAAUUGCCAUCAUGAAGCACUUUCUCAGAAUGCUUGUCCAGGUAUGCCUGUACUUCUAUUGCAAAUGCUUAUGGCGCUGCCUGAAAUUUGUGGUGCGGAAACUGACUGGACGAUGUGAGCUGCAAAGGAUUUGCUAUAAUAUCAAGUCUGGAGCUGAAAGAACCUUGAAAAUUGAGACAUCAUUGAGGAAUUCAAAAAACAAGUUGCUCCAAAAUUCCGUUAGUGUUCCUCCUGAUGCAAUUGAAAAAACGGUCGAUGCCAUCAUAGAACUGAAAAAGAUUAAUCCAGAUGUAAAUCCUCAGCUAAGUAUAUCCCUGCAAGCCUGCCUUUUGCAGAUUGUAGGAUACAGAAAUCUGAUUGCUGAGGUGGAAAAGCUGCGUCGAGAGCAGUAUGAUUCUGAAGAGGAUCAGCAUGAAGAAAUGCUUCUGAAGCUAUGGAAAUGCUUGAAACCUGAUUCUCCUUUGGAAGCUCGGAUUUCCAAGCAGUGGUGUGAAAUUGGUUUCCAAGGUGAUGAUCCUAAAACAGAUUUUAGAGGAAUGGGGCUUCUGGGGUUGUAUAACUUGCUAUACUUUGCUGAGCAUGAUGGUCCUGCAGCUCAGCAAAUUCUCUUAGACUCUCUUCAGCCAAAAUAUAGGGAAAUCACUAAAGAGGAAAUAAGCAAAUAUAGCAAGACUGAAUGGGAGAAGAAAAAGUUUGAUAAAGCUAUUGGAUUUUCCUUUGCUAUUGUUGGCAUCAACAUAACAGAACUUGCAUACAACCUGCUUGUGAGUGGUGCUCUGAAGACACAUUGCUACAAUGUUGCUCCAGAAGCUCCAACGUUAGCCCAUUUCCAGCAAACAUUUUGCUACUUGAUGCAUGAAUUUCAUAAAUUCUGGAUUGAAGAGGAUCCCCUGGACAUAAUGGAGUUCAACCGGGUGCGAGAGAAAUUCCACAAACGGAUUGUCAGGCAGCUGCAGAAUCCGAAUAUGGCGUUAUGCCCUCACUUUGCUGCCUCGGAAAGCUUAAUCAACCUGUAGCCAUCCCCAUGGUUUGAUCUGGAAACACUGCCUGGUUCUUGUGUUACGCCACCAUCUAGAGAUAAAUUGCUGAUGUAUUGAAUGAUCACGGCAAGUGCAUGCCUGUUUUUUGAUGCAGUAUUCAUUUCUCACGCUCUCUUUCAGGAACCGCCUCCCACUGCUCCAAUGGAGAGUUUGGUCACUGUCAAAGAGAGCUCAUAUUGCAAUAUUUUGCAGUGUUAAAACAUUUUGAAUUGAUGUCCUGUGUUUCUUUCCCUUCCUUUAGGGCAAGGUUUCUCAACUUUGGCAGCUUUCAAAUGCGCGGACUUCAACUCCCAAAAUUCCCCAGCCAGCCCUUGCUGCUUGGGGAAUUCUGGGAGUUGGGAGUCCACACAUCUGAAAGCUGCCAUGAUUGGAAAACACUUUUUAGGUUCUUAUCUCUUCCCUUUGCUACUGCAUAUUUCAUUUAAUUGAAGAACUGUAUUUCUGUAGCUGGGUGGGGGAUAUUUUUUUGUUGUUGUUUAUAUACACAGAAUAGUUUAGUUGGAAACUUGUACUGUGAGAACUUUUUAACGUAUUCAUUUUGUUUUAUGAUAACUUUUCUUUAAAAACUGGGCACGAUCCAGAUGUAAGUUAACUUUUUUCAGUCCUGUUUAACUCAAUGGCACUGAAGUGAAGGGAACUGAAAAAUGCUAGCAUUAAACUGGUCUCAUGCUUUUGAAUAUCAUUUAUAAAGCCUAAACUUGACAAAAUACAUUACAUGUAACAAUUUCUCCCUCAUGCAGACAUGCAUGCUUCGUGAAAAAAAAACAGUAGUAAGAUUUGUAAUAAAAAUGUGUGAAUAAUUUUAUCAUACAUAAAGAAUUUAUAAUGAGGCUAUGAUGGCAGGGAGUUUGAAUGAAUUUGAGGGAAUGAAUUAAAUUGAUAGAAUUCAUGGAUGUAAGCAAGUCUCCAGCAACAUUAUAUAACUUGGUUACCUUCAUACGUGCUGGACUGUUCUUCUCAUUAGAUGUUCUUCUCAUCUCCAACCUCCAUGAUUAUAAAAAAUUAUCCUUUUGGAGAGGAGGAACAGAGGAGGUUUAUCUCAUUAAUGGUUUAUACUGGACUAUGGUCCCAGUAUUCAACUAAACUUUGAAAAUGCAGAAUUCACUGGUUGUAUUUCUGCAUGUCUGAAUGCAAUUUGAUUGUGUGCGAGUGUGUUUUUGGUUGCUUUAAGGGGACAAAGCUAUAUUUUCUUCAUUUUUCAAUUACUGAAUUUUGGGCUUGGAUUAUCAGCUUUGUUCCUAGCUGAAAGGAAUUAACAAAGAGUCGUGAAAGGAGUAAACAUAACUGGUUAUUAAGCAAUUAAAGGGAUUUAAGGGAAGAAAUGGGCACAUUCUGUAUAGAACAUUAUCAUAAAAUUGUGCUGAAAUGACUGGUAGAUGCAUUACCUUUUCCAUGAGAUUCAUGCAAAUAUUCUUUUUUUUAAAAAAGUGGAAUUUCAGAGGAACAAAUCCAUUUGGGUUGUUGUCAGUUCCCUUUGACACCCUGGAUAAUCUACACUCAGUUGAUUUUACCAUGGUAUUUCAUAGUACCAUGAUUUUUUUUUAACCUUCUGACUGUUAUAGGGUAGGUUAUGAAAUUGCUUACAUAGCAAGAUUGAAUUUGAGGUAUUGCCUAAUUAUUUGUGGAUUAUAUGAAUAAAUGACAUCAUUCCAAAUAGGAAAA